CCCCUCUCAAGCGCUCAUUACCCAACCCAAUAACUCACAAUGAAGGCACGAGAUGCCUGCCUGGUAGCGAUAGCGUUGAUCUUGCGUGGUGCAAGUGCCACAGAUCUGGUCGAACCGACGUCCAAGGACAACUCAGAUCAAUGCCAAUGCUACCUCGCCUCCGGGCCUGACCCAGGCUACUUCCAAUACCACCGCUUCUGGGACUUCCGCUCCAUCCCCCUCGAAGAAGGAAACACUUUCAUCGAGGCACCGGAACUAGUCACCGACUACGAGAGCGAGGACGCUAAAGACAUCACGUCGGCCUACUUCGGCACCACGGCCUGGCAGAACGACUGGUCCUUUCUCAGCGGCCCAGCAAAAACAUCCUCGUCCGUGACCAACGCCUACUCUCCCCAAAACGUCUACAUCUCCCGCAACACCACCGACGAUGCGCAGGGGUCGACGUAUCUGACCCUGCGCGCAUCACGUGCAGACGACUUCAUGUCCACGGCGCAAAUCACGUCCAACCAGCAAAACUUGCUCUACGCCAGCCUGCGCACGCGCAUGCGUGUGAUCCCCAACGGGCUGAGCCAGUCCUCGGCGCCCUCAGCCGGCGAUCGCCCGGUCUCCAAUCCGGACACGGGGAGCAGUGCCUCGCACCCCGUCGACGAAGGCGCCGUGGUGGGGUUCUUCACGUACCACUCCGACACGCAGGAGUCGGAUAUUGAGAUCCUGACGGGCGACGCGACGGAUCAGAUUCGGUACUCGAACCAGCCGGAUUAUAACGCCAAGACGGAUAGUAUGGUUCCUGGUGCGAGCUCGCAGCUUACGUUGCCGGGGGGGAAGAGGUACACCGAGUGGAUCGAGCACCGGCUGGAUUGGUACGAGGGGACGAUAAGGUGGUGGGCGGAUGGAGAGCUCGUGUUGAAUAAGACGACGAACACGCCUACGGAGCCGAGCGGGUUGAUUAUGAAUUUGUGGGGGGAUGGAGGGUUUUGGAGUGGGAAUAUGAGUGUUGGGGGUCAGGUCCUGGUUGGGGUUGAGUGGGUCGAGGUGGUGUUUAAUGUGAGCGGUGGGAAUCCGGAGGAAUGGAGUUUGGAGAGGAGGGAUGAAGACGUGUGUAAGGUUGGGUGUCGAAUUGAUGAGGUGAAGGCCGUGGGAUUUCCGGAGGUAGAAUAUGAUAGUGGCUCUGCGGCAAUGGUUGCACAUCUGGCACAUUGGCUGCUAAUCAGCACGACACUUUCGAUAAUACUCUCUUGAAUGAUAAAGUGUUGGCCAAUCUGGUUAUGCGCACAUGGGACUCGCUGACAAGUCAUUGUUUGGUAUAGUGUCUAUCUCUUAAGCUGAUAUUGCCAAGAAAUCAUUGACACUAUAUUUCUUCGAGGUGUUUCUGGAGUAUAUCACUUCGGCAGCCCUAGGUGUACCGGCGGGUAUGCGAGAGCUGUUUACGGAAAUGUGCGAUCUUCCGUCUUCUAUGUAGACCACGCCUAAUUGCCG